CUCAACCCCAUGCGAGGGUCAGUCUGUACCCGACUAUUGUUAAUAGACAUCGCGCGGCACAUUUUGAAGCUUCGAAAGGGCGAGAGGAUAGUCAGAGACAGCAGGGGCGAGAGCAAGAUGCCGGAUUACGGAGAGAGAUACGAGGGGAACGGAGAGGAAGUCGAUACCUACGACGGUGGCUCCUCUCCUCAGCCGCAUGAAAGUAGCCACGGAGGUCCCGACGAUCAUAGCGACUCCAAAUCUCACCAUGGAUCACGGGAUUAUGAUAGAGAAUCUUCCAGAAGUAGAGACAAGGAACGUGAGAAGGGGCGGGAUAAGGAAAGGAAAAGGGAGAAGGACAGGGAUGGGGAGAGAAGCAAGGACAGGGAUAAAGAUAGAGAGAGAAGUAAAGACCGGGAAAGAGAUCGGGAUGGGGAGAAGGAAAGAGAUCGUGAUAGGGACAAGGACAAGGACAGGGAUCGCCAUCAUCGAGAUCGACACCGUGAUCGUAGUGAGAGGAAAGAAAGGGGCAGGGAUAGAGAUGAUGAUGAUUACUACAGAACCCGAGACUAUGACAGACGAAGGGAUUAUGAUAGAGAGGACAGACAUAGGCGUAGGUCUCGAUCCGCUUCUCCUUCACGUUCAAGGGGUAGGUCUGAGCAUAGAUCAAGAUCACGUUCUCGUUCACGCUCAAAGAGCAAAAGGAUUAGUGGUUUUGAUAUGGCUCCUCCUGCUUCAGCAAUGUUAGCUGGCGGUGCUGCUGUUACAGGUCAGAUCCCUGGGGCGACUCCUGCAAUUCCUGGAAUGUCAAAUAUGUUUCCAAUUGCUACCAAUCAGUUGCAGCCAUUCAGUGCCCUCCCUGUCAUGCCAGUCCAGGCUAUGACCCAGCAGGCUACUCGACAUGCUAGGCGGGUUUAUGUUGGAGGGCUCCCUCCUACAGCCAAUGAGCAGUCUGUUGCAACUUUCUUCAGUCAGGUCAUGGCGAAGAUUGGAGGAAAUACUGCUGGUCCAGGCGAUGCUGUUGUUAAUGUUUAUAUUAACCAUGACAAGAAGUUUGCUUUUGUUGAAAUGAGAUCUGUUGAGGAAGCCAGCAAUGCAAUGGCUCUUGAUGGGAUUAUUUUUGAGGGGGCACCUGUCAAAGUUAGGAGGCCUACUGAUUAUAACCCUUCUCUAGCUGCAACCCUUGGUCCUAGUCAGCCUAAUCCUAACCUGAAUCUGGGUGCUGUUGGCCUAACACCUGGCUCAGCUGGUGGACUUGAUGGUCCUGAUCGUAUAUUUGUUGGUGGGCUUCCUUAUUACUUUACAGAAACCCAGAUCCGGGAGCUUUUAGAGACUUUUGGUCCCCUUCGAGGCUUUGAUUUGGUGAAAGAUAGGGAAACAGGAAACUCAAAGGGUUAUGCAUUCUGUGUUUAUCAAGAUCUUGCAGUUACAGAUAUUGCAUGUGCAGCUCUGAAUGGAAUAAAAAUGGGAGAUAAGACUCUUACAGUUAGACGAGCUAAUCAAGGUGCAAACCAGCCGAAACCAGAGCAAGAAAGCAUAUUAAUGCAUGCACAGCAGCAAAUUGCCAUACAGAAACUCAUGCUUCAGCCAGCAUUAGUGGCAACCAAGGUUGUUUGUUUAAGUCAGGCUAUAUCUGCUGACGAGCUCAAAGACGAUGAGGACUAUGAGGAGAUUGUUGAUGAUAUGAGAACAGAGUGCUCUAAAUUUGGUACCUUGGUUAAUGUUGUGAUACCUCGCCCCCCACCAAAUGGGGAACCAGCAACUGGAGUUGGAAAGGUGUUUUUGGAGUAUGCUGAUGUCGAUGGUGCAACUAAAGCACGAGCUGGCUUGAAUGGACGAAAAUUUGGAGGUAAUCAAGUAGUGGCUGUCUUCUACCCCGAGAAUAAAUUUGCUCAGGGAGAUUAUGAGGGCUAGUUUUUUUUUAUUGUCAUGUGGAUUGAAUCUUUGCAUUUUUGUCAAGGAUUUUAGUGUAUAAUUUGUAAGCUCAGUUGUGCAGUCGAAUACACAGGAUAAUCUUUAUUAUGUGGGACCGUUAGCGAAGUAAUGUUGGAUGACUCCUUAGAUUA